UCUUCGUUUUACGUUGUAGAAAACUGUUGAACAUGUUUGUUGUGUCUAGGCUUCAUUAAGGUUUCCAGGCACGUUGCAAAUACGUCUUCACUCUUACAGCAUGACAUCCGGCUGUCGGCCGUCUAUUUUAGAAGGAAGCACGUUUUACAAGGACAUUUUCUAUAUUUACAAACGGGGAGGUAGACAAGUUAUAUGUGUGAGCUCAUUUCCAUCAACUCUAGUGGUGUAGAAUAGGAAUAAUAUUGCAAACAAGAAUGAAGUCCCUACUAGUAUCAACGCUACUGCUCUGCUGCAUCACCGAGGUCAACACGUUAGCGAGAGGCAUCUAUCCCCGAUAUAACUUCCUCUGUGGGGGCACCGGUAUUAAGGCUGUAGACUUUGACUGCACAGGCUUUUUGCAAUGUAUUGACACAACAGCCUACUGGCAAACGUGUCCACCCAACCAGUUCUUUGAUGGAGCUGUCAGCUGUUCUGGAGAUAACAGGAACUGUAAAAAUUUAAGAGAUGUGGCCAACGCAACCUGCCCCUUCCACUCCACUCUGACGUUCCCUCACCCAGAGAGUUGUGCCAUGUUCUAUAACUGUAACAGGACCAUCCCUAUUGAUGGGCUGCUGCAGUAUGAAGAUGAGUGUCCCUUCCCCCAGCUUUAUGACAGCGACACCAAAACGUGCAUCGACCCCAACAUCAACCCCAACGUCACCUGCCAAGCCCCAACACCGCUCGACCAGUGUUCCUACCACCUGGAGUGUGGUCGCCCUGUGUGUACCGGUCUUCCUGACGGAGAACAUGGCUACUCCACUCAGCCCUUUGAUGUUGAGUACGUUGUCUGUAAGGGUGGUUUGGUCGAGACGGUCAAGCAGUGUAAAGGUCGAGGGGAGGUAUUUGAUCCUAUAGCCCGGCUGUGCACCAUCAACUAUAAACCAUCUAUAGCUACCUAUUGCCAACGCAACUCGACGGCGAUAACAACGUUCGCGUCCCCGGAGUCGUGUUCCUUGUUCUACAACUGCAGCAACAUCGCCGCCCGCCCCAACUCUACCCUGGAGGAGUACCAGGACGAGUGCCCCUACCUGUUCCUGUUCGACCCCGUGGCCCGUAUGUGCAAGUUCUACCCCGGCGUCAUGUGCGGCCUCAGAUCCGAACCCAAGGCGCCAUGCGACUAUGUAAUUGGCCACUGCAUUGGCCGAGAGAAGUGCAUCCCGUGUGAGGCGAGCUGUGUGGGUCUCACCGAUGGCCCCAACAUCUACGCCGGCAAGGCGCUGACCUCCGAGUACCUGGACUGCCACAAGGAACGCACCCGCAACAUGAAGGUUUGCCUGGGCGGCAAGAUCUUUGACCCGAUGGUAGAAGAAUGUGGGUCAGAAAUUAGCACAGCGACCCUGGAGCUGUUCUGUGCCAAGAACCCGGCCAUGAUAAUCCCCCACCCCGGGGAAUGCGCUCAGUUCUACGACUGUCAGAAAGUGAUGGCUUCAGGGAACCUCAACAAGUUUGUGCGCGAGUGCCUGUUCCCGCAAGUGUUCGACCCGACAGACAACACCUGCAAAGACAGACAGAGGGUCACAUGUGACUACCGGCGUCAACCAGCCUCAAUGUGCGACUACCUCCAACACCAGUGUGUGGGACAGAGCUGCGCUCCCUGUGUCGACACGCUACCUUCAUGUGCAGGGAAGACUGACGGCAGAUGGCCCUUGGUGGGCGAGGAAAUGACGGCCUUCUUCGUGGUGUGUACAGGAGGGGUCUUCACCACCAUAGGACAAUGUCCUAACGGGGAACUGUUUGAUCUGUUGGCAAAGACCUGCACUCCUACUGUAAACAUUGCUUCCUUGGAGACUUUCUGCACCUUGCACCCUGACUCGGCACUGGCCAACCCCCAACACUGUGGCCAGUACUACAAGUGUUCCCCCGCCGGCAGCCCCCCUACCGCCAUGUCCGAGUGCGUCUACCCACAGGAGUUCUCUAUCAGCGGGAAGGUGUGCCGGCCAUACACGGACGUGGACUGUGCCGAGAGGGUGGAGAAAGUGAGGGGAUGCGACUACACCGGGAUCAACACCUGCAAAGUCGCAGACAUAACCUGCACGUGCCCUUUUCCGUCAUGCUUUGGUCAACCUAAUGGCGCAACUUCUGGUUACCCUGGCGACAACACCAUGUACUACACAUGUCGAGACAACCGCACCAUCGUCACGGCGUGUACACCCGGUUUCUUUGACCCCACUAUGCUAGGAUGUAGCGGCGUUACAACGACACCUGCAGCAACCACAACGAUGUCACCAGGAAUUACAACACCACGUGGCCCUGUACCUCCAACAUCUCCUCGUGAUAAUGUGGACACUCUGACGAAGGCCCAGGCUGUCUGCCGGACCAGCCCCACUGCCAUCAUUCCCCACUCCAGGAACUGUCACUGGUUCUACAACUGCUCCAACCUUGUGGGAGAGUCAGAGUGCAUCUACCCCUUCCUGUUCGACAUCACCAGUGAGAUGUGUGUUGAGUACAGUCUCGCGGACUGCGGACUCAGGAAGGAGCCCAAGCAGAUGUGUGAAUAUGAGCAGUUCCUGAGCAAGUUCCCCUCAUGCGCAAAUGCCAUCAUCUGCAGCGAAUGUGAGCGGUACUACCCGUCCUGUGCGGGCCGCCAGAACAACUACCAGAGCGGCAUCAGCACAGACAGAACCAGGUUCUAUGAGUGUCGUGACGAGAGGACGUCCUUUUACUCGUGUCCGUCCGGUCAGGAAUAUGACGGCGCCAUGUGUUCGGCCACGCCUGCCGCGAUUGUAGGAGCGUCUAAUGAUGCUGAGGCCAAGACACUGUGUGCCCAGGACCCGUCUCGUCCCAUUCCCCACAACAACCACUGCGCCAAGUACUUCGAGUGCAAGCCGGUCGGGAUGGCCAUCGAGCGGGAGUGCGUCUACCCGCAGCUGUUUGACACGGCGACCAGGAGGUGUGUCACCGCCACACGCUGUGGUUCCAGGACGGAGUUCAAGACACCAUGUUCCUACGACUCUGUGCUGCGCAGAUACAGCCGGGUAUGCACAAAGGGCCAGCUGUGUCCCCAGUGUGAGGCGGACUACCCGUCAUGUGUGGGGCGUCCCGACAACUUCAAGGGCCCCAUCCAGACAGACGAGGUGAUGUUCUACAUCUGUAACAACGAGCGCACCACCAUCGACACCUGCAUCGUCAUCGGCUCCAUCUUCAUGCCUGCCAAGCAAGAGUGUAUGAUCCCACCAACAGACCCACUGCCCAUAGUGGACCCUACACGGAUUGCGGUGGAGUGCACCCAGCAGCCUACGGGCGUGUUCCUGGUGGAAAACUCGUGUGCUCGGUACUAUAACUGUUCGUUGCCGACCAGCAAGUUUGGAGCGUUCGUAGCGGAGUGUGACUACCCCAUGCUGUUUGACUCCUUCCUGGGGAGAUGCGUGGAAUAUAUUGUGGCCAAGUGCUCCCCUAGACCAGUCGAAAAAGAACCUUGCGAGUACCUGAGCAUCAGGCGGCAGUACUGCACCACUGAUGGAUCAUGUCGCGCCUGUGACGUCGCCAACCCCUCCUGCAAGGGCAAGCCUGACAACUUCGUCGCUGCACUUCAGAUCAACAACUACGCCUUCUACACCUGCCUCGACUCCCGCACAGUCGCCGCGACCUGCAACGUGGGUCAGAUCUUCAACUCUACCACGUCGGUGUGCGAGGCACUGCCCACAACCACAACACCUGCUACCACCUCAACUACAACGACCACAACCACUACAACCACAACUACUACCACCAUCCCCACGACCACCGUCACCACUACCUCCGCUCCCCGCUUUCAAACAGUGUCAGCGCAAGAUAUUGGCAGGUACUGUGCCUUCAACCCAACACGCCAGGCCUUCCACCCAGACAGCUGUGCUAUGUUCUGGAACUGUUCCAAUCCCAACCCCAAGUACGGAAUCCAGUACCUCUUUGAGUGCACCUACCCCAUGCACUUUGACGGCAAGACUGGAGCAUGUGUUGACUUCCCACUCGCGGAGUGUGGAGCCAGAAGGAAGGUCAUGGCACCAUGCGAGUACAUCCAGUUCACUGUGAUGCUGUGUCAAGACAUAAAGUCAUGUCGGGCGUGUGACGAAACCCAGCUGUCAUGCCGCGGUAAGGCGGACGGAUACAAGGACGCCAUGUUGGAGGACCAGUCGAGCUACUUCCAGUGCCAGGAUCAGAGGACCACCAUCAUGUCCUGCCCGGGGACCCAGCAGUUCGACCCCAUCACAGCCGACUGCAAGAUUCCAGGGGCACCAACCAUCCCUGUCAUGACAACAUCGACGGAGGCGGAAGGCCCGUGCCUCAGCAGCCCCACAGCCAAGUUCCCACACGCCGAGAACUGCCACCAGUACUUUGACUGUGCCGUGCAGAACGGGCCGUUUGGCCGCUUCCUGACCGAGUGUCCCUACCCGGAUCUGUUUGACCCUACAUCAGCCUCCUGCAAAGACCACUCCCUGGUAGCCUGUGGGCGAAGAUACGAGCCGAGACUCAGAUGUGAAUACUGGGCCAUCCUUACCAAAUACUGCAGAAUUGUUGGCACCAACUGCCGGGAUUGUGCCAAUAGCAACCCAUCCUGUGUGGCUCAGACGGACGGCCUUACUGGCCCACUCCCUGGGAGUCGAACUCAGUACUACAACUGCUCCAAGGACCGAACACUCGUCAGUGAUUGUCCCCUUACCUACGAGUUCAAUACCGCGACUAGACGCUGCCAAUCACUCAUAUACAUGUCCUCCUCCGCCGAGGCGGAAACCUACUGCAGUUCCAUCCCUACGGGUGUGUACCCCAGCUCUAUCAGCUGUGCCCAAUAUUUCAACUGUUCCAAGGCUGCCAGCAGGUUCGGCCGCUACAGAGUAGAGUGCCCUUACCCCCAGCUGUUUGACGUGGAAUCUAGAACAUGCAAAGACCACGUGCAGGUCACCUGUGGUAGCAGUCCAGAGGUCAAGGACGCAUGCGAGUACAUUGUCAACUCCCAGAUAUACACUGGGAUCCCCUGCACCAAGCCGUCAUGUGCCGGCAAGAUUGAUGGUCUACACUACUACCCUGGUCGGGAGCUGGGCGAGGAGUUCAUCCAGUGUCGCAACGAGAGGCUGGUGGUGGUCACGAACUGCGGCCUCAACCAGUACUUCGACCCGGUCAACAAAAACUGCAGGACAGCUCUCACCCAGAGCGCUGUAAACUUCUUCUGCCAGACGUACCCCGGCAAACGUGCCCAAAACCCCAUCAACUGUGCCCAGUACAUCAACUGUGCCUCAAGCCAACCACAGAUCAUCGAGUGUGGCUACCCCAGACUCUUUAAUGGCUCCGUGUGUAUCGACCCCGAGUUCGUCAAGUGCGGGAAGCGGUACGAGCCCGUGGCACCAUGUGAUUACGAACAGAAUAAGCACUGUCCCAAGAGUCAGGUGAACUGCUUGCCCUGCGAAAAGAGAAUACCAUCAUGCGUCGGUCUGCAGGACGGGAACCAGUCCUACCCUGGACUACCGCCUUCAACGCUCUUCGUCAAGUGCAGGAACAACCGGACAGAGUCCGUCAUCAGAUGCAAGAGUGACCUCUUUAACCCCCACACAGGGGCGUGUGGAGGGACGAUUAGUCAGUAUCGCAUCGAAGACGCCUGCCGGAAAUUCCCCACGGCCAUAUUUGCGGAUCCUGACAACUGUGCCCGCUACAUCGACUGCUCCAAGCCCUACAAGUAUAUCCUCAACACCCUGUACAAGCAGGAGUGCAAGUACCCGGAACUCUUCUCUGUCGAGACAAAUACGUGCGUCAACAUCUUCAAAGACAUUUCAACAUCAGUCGAUUGUGGAAAUCGAACGGAACCCCUGAAUGCUUGCGACUAUCACGAGCAUUGUGGGAUAAACAACUACCCCUACUGUACUAACUGUACGAACACAAUACCCAGCUGUGUGGGCCAGCCCGACCAACAGUACCUCAACUUCCCCGUGGGCAACGUCACCAGCCCCCGCUACUUCCUCUGCUACAGACACCGGACUGUCGUGUACGGAAACUGUUCCGAUAAGGAGAGAUUUGAUAUAAGGCUGAUGACAUGCGUACCACUGUAGUUGGCAUGGGAGGAGGCAAGCGACCACUUAAUAGUAAAGUAAAGAUGCUAGGUCGAACUAAUACUGGCUGUGGAAAGUAGAUAGAUUUGGUUAUCGUCUCCAGAUGUGGUUGGUGUGUUUGUAAAGAUACCAAGGGCGCAGUAUGGCUUGUAAGCACUACUGCAUGCAUCUGCCAACCAUCUGUGGUGAGUAUAGUUUGUGCAGACAUUACCGUUCCUCCGAGAACAUCUGACAUAUCUUAUGUAUUGUAUACUCUCUAAAAACUAUGGUCUGCAUCGUGUCUGGUCACUGGUGAGGUCAUGUAUGAGAACUAAUGACCACUUGACCAGUACAUGUCCUCAUUUUGACUUGUAUGCACCUAUGCUGCAGGAGACGUAACCUAUCUGUAUAAGCUUGUUAAAUUGGAUAUGUGUAUGUUAAUUUAUAUUUCUCAUCUAAAAUAUGUCCGUGUGUACCUAUACUUCAUCUUUUGCUGGUAUGUCUUUGAGUUCACAUUUUCUGACUGAAAUUCAACAUUUGUGGAAGUGUCUGUCUGGUCGCAUUUAAUUUCCAAAUUAAUUCAACGAAAUCACAAAUAUAUUUGUUGGAAAUAUGUUAAUGUAUUGAAUGGACCUAGGGUGUUUCUCAGAACCACGAAUACCUUCAAAAUAUACCAAAGUGCCGUUCCCUGCUAAAGGCCCUGCAGAUUUUUUUCUCAACAAAGGGCUUUCCCCUUUUCCCCUACAGUAGAAGCAACAAUUGCAGCGUUGUUUUUGGAAGGAAAGAUACCUCUUCUGUAAAAUUAUGGGACAAUAUCGACACGCAUAUCCAACUGGAUGUUUUACCGGACAAAACCAAACAUUAUUAUCUCGCUGAUUUUAAUGACCAGCACGCUGAUAAGAAACAUUGUAUUACCAUUGUAUUACCACUUGACGAUCUAAAUUAUUCUUAUGUUGUACAUUAUAAUUACAACUUUAAAAUAAUUACCAACUAUUUUCUGCAGAAACCAGUACUAAGUGUACACGCAUUACGAAUGUAAAGUAAAUUUAGUAAUGUCCAUUAUUUUAAAAUUAAACAAAUAUGUGUUUCAAAAUUUCCUUUGAAAUCAUUAUGUAAGUUUUUGUCACGAUCCCGACAUCAACCCAUUCAGCAGUGAUUGUAUAUUGUAUUGACGGUGUCUUGUAUGCUGUAUCAGCCCUUGUUGCAAAUAGCGUACAUAUCUCAUAUCAUAGACUAUUCAAUCAUUGGGGCAUGGGUUUUCGGAAGCCAUUUCUUCCUUCAGUUACGCAUGAUUCAACAUGACUAACGCUCCACACAGACCCCAAUUAUGCACACAUUCGACGAUCACCGAUCGUCAUCUGGUUGACGCCAACGCUUUUGGAAAUAUGAUUUUUAAUUGGUUGUGUCCGAAAACCUGUGAACCAACGAUAUGACUUCUUUAACCGCUGGCCGGGGUUCUCCAAAUAUGGAAUAUAAAUAAAUACAAGUAACAACCUUGUUGUUGUUUAUUCAUACCAAAUACA